AUGGUGUCAAUUGAUAGAAAUGCACCCGAGAUUCCAGGCAUCAAACAACCAAGUAAUGUCACCAACGAUUUAAAAGCAAUUAUUUCCAGAAUAUUAAAUUCCCCCAAACCAUUAAGAACUUUUUUGGGUUCUCAACCUGUUUCUUUUCAAAAACAAGAUAUUGGCUCUAAGCUAUUAUCAGAAGACUAUUAUGUUUGCGAAAAAACAGAUGGCAUCCGUGUUAUAAUGUUCUUGGUUGUUAAUCCAGUUACUCAAGAACAAGGUUGUUUUUUGAUUGAUCGUGAAAACAAUUUUUUUUUAACUUCUGGUUUUCAACUUCCAUUGCCCAAACAUUUAGUUCCUCCCGAACAAUUGAAAGAUGAAGAGGGUAAACCAAUAAAAAAAGACCCACUAUUAAGAACUUUCCAAAAUGGUACUCUUGUCGAUGGCGAACUAGUUAUCCAAACAAAUCCACAAACCAAAAUAAAGGAAUUGAGAUACCUAAUGUUUGAUUGUUUAUCAAUCAAUGGUCGUUCUCUAGUUCAUUCACCAACUUCUUCAAGAUUAGCUCAUUUAGGCCAUGAUUUUUAUAAACCAUAUUUUGAUUUACGUGUAAAAUAUCCUGAAAUAUGUCAAAAUUUCCCCUUUAAAUUGAGUAUGAAGCAAAUGAUGUUUAGCUAUGACCUAGUUAAAGUUGCAAAGAGUCUAAAUAACUUGCCUCACGUUAGCGAUGGUUUAAUUUUCACACCAGUUUUAAGACCAUAUGUCAUCGGUGGUAAAGACCAGCUUCUUUUAAAAUGGAAACCUGAAGAAGAAAAUACUGUGGAUUUCAAACUAGUGCUCGAAAUUGCCAAGUAUUAUGAAAAUUCAAAAAAGAAGAAUAAAACUUCAGAUUGGUAUUACAAUUAUGACGUUAAACCAUUAGCCUUUAAUCUUUAUGUGUGGCAAGGCGGUUCAGAUAGUAGUUACAAGUCGAACCCCGAUGAACCAUUUAACGAAAAAGAUUUGAAAAUACUAAAUAACACAUACAGUAAAUUUGCUGAAUUAACUGUUUCUGAGGAGGAAUGGAAAAAGUUACUAAGUUUAAAUGAACCCAUAAACGGCAGAAUCGUUGAAUGUGGGAAAGACCAAGAUACUGGUGAAUGGAAGCUGCUUCGUUUUAGAGAUGAUAAAUUAAAUGGAAAUCAUAUCUCUGUUGUACAAAAUGUUUUGGAGAGCAUUAAUGAUGCUGUCACAAUUGAGGAUUUAGAAAGUGAAGCUGCUGAUAUUAAGAAAAAAUGGGAUAAUAGACAUAAUAAAAAUAAUAAAAAUAAGUAUGUAGAUGAUGAGGACGAUGAGGAUGAUAUUUUGGAUAUGUUUUGA